GCUGGUUGGGAUCACGUGACUGUAGUAGCAUUGCGGAAAGGGAAGAUGGCAGAGAAUAGAAUCCACGCUCGAGAGCGAUUAUUGUCGUUUAUGUUGUUGUUUUCCGUCGGUUUAUCCACGGUGCGUUCCACCGCACAAGUACCGCUUCUGAUAUGGUCUACGGACAGUUUACCCCCGCUGGCUUCCCCCUCAGCUGGUCACAUAAGCUCUGAUCAGGAGCUGACGGCCUACCUCAGCCCGGUUUUUGCCUCCGGCCCCCACACUGUGCUGCUCUUCCUGCAGGAGAAGUUAAGCAAAGAUGACCUCACACGUUAUGGGGGCGUGUUUGGAAACAAGCAGGAUAGUGCCUUUAAAAAUCUGGAGGCCGCCCUCCAGUCUUCCUCAUCUGUGGCUUUUCCCGCCUUGGAGUGGCGCAGCCCGUCUGCCAUCACGGCCCUGCUGGAGGCGGAGCUUAGGGCUUCACCUGUGCUUGCAGAUCCAGACACUCUGUCACACCUGAGCAUCGACGUGUCUGUCAACAACCUGAUGCUCAUCAACCUGCCCUACUGUAGCGACUCACUGAAGUCCUGCAAGGAGCUUCUCCGUAACAACGAUGAGGUUCUUGGGAAGGUUCUGAGCGUCGUCCAAACAAAAGGCGUUCCGUACAUUUCCAUAUACACCGGACAGCAGCCGUCGAGGGUCAUUUCAGAGACCGCUGUGCCUCAGGAGAAGAUGGGCCGCUCCUUGCUUCAAGCGGUCGAGGCAGAUGUUAAGCCCCCCAUCAUUUUUAACAUGACGGGGCAACCCUGCAUCAUGCUUUGGGCUCAGAAUCUGAACGUCAGCACAAAGUCUGGCGAGUGGAUCGAUCUGGCUACACAAACCCCCCAACUAACAGGAUCGUGCAGCCCCAGCAACUCUCAGCUUGUCCUCAGCUAUCCUUCAGGCUAUGUCUUAAGCUUUUCCAUGAGUCAGCGGUUCUAUCCCGUGUCCGCACGCAACUGGUUCAGUCUGGACACGGUGGAGCUGGAGGUAGGAGGAGUGAGCGCCUCCUACGCCGGCAGCCGCGGCAUCUACGCCCCUGCAGAGUAUUCCUUCCGCUGCCAGUCGGUUAACAACUUCCAGGACGCCCUGCUGGUCAGGAACAACACCAACUCCAGCCUGUCGGUGUGGAGCCUCAACUUUAUUGACUUCCAGAUCCAGGGCUUCGGUCUGAACAACGGAACUAACUUCUCCUACGCCAGCGACUGCGCGUCCUUCUUCACCCCCGCCAUCUGGAUGGGCCUCCUCACCUCCCUGCUCAUGCUGCUGAUCUUCCUGUACGGCCUGCACAUGAUCAUGCAGCUCAACACCAUGGAUCGAUUCGACGACCCCAAAGGUCCUUUCAUCUCCGUGCCUCAGUCAGAGUGAAGGACGCAUCCCAGAGUCCUUUGCUCCUCCUUCACUCCUCCCGGUGGCCUGUGGACCAAUGAGAGUCCAGCUUUUCCUUUUCUCUUUUCCCCCCCCAUUUUCUUUAAUGUUUUUCCUGGAUUGAAGUCGUUCCGCUGAAUGUCAAAACUCCAAGAUCAAACAUUUGCACUCUGAAAAAAGAAUCAUUUUGCCAAACAGAAUGCAAGUCCCGAAUGCUGUAAACCCCACGUCUGUCCCGUUUCGCUUCGCCUUGAUUUUGUUUUAUUAAAAGAAGUGCCUGCAUGUGAAACCAGAUGGACAGAUGUGGACAGAUGUGCCUACCUGCUGGAAGCUCUGUGUUUGUGUCAAAGUUUCUCUAGAUUCCUAAUUUAUUUGUAAAGAAAACAACUUUAAAGCUUUAAGCAUCCCUGAAAGUUUUACACUUGGGAUGAAAUGAUCUAAAGACCGUUCCUCAUCUGGUCUGAUGCUAAGAAAAAAGACAAAAUCAGGCCGGAUUUAAUUUGUCAUGUGUGCAGUAAACUGUCCGGAACUGCAAAUAAAGAUCCAUCUACACACA